CGCGCGUCCGCGCGGCCACCCAACCCCUCAGAUGAACUGCGUCCCCGGGGCUGCGCGCGUCGGAGCUCGUUCGCCCGUCGCCAGCCGCGCCUCGCACGCCGGCGACGUCACCGCCGGAAAGAUGCAAUUCGCGGCUCGCCUCGCGCGGCGCGUCGGCCCUCCCUCGUGCAACGCGAUGCGCCGCGCGAACGCGGUCGCGAGCGCGCCGCCGCUCGCGGCGAUCCACCCCGCCGCGUGGCGCGGGCUCGCCGGGAAGGUGAACUUGUUCAACCGCUCGCGCAUGACGCCGCCGAAGGUGGCGACCUCCGCGGUGUCGACCGAGGAGGCGGAGACGACGACGGAACCGGAACCGAUCAAGCUGAUGACCUCGGACGAGAGCGAGGAGCUCCUGAAGAUUCGACACACGGCCGCGCACAUCUGCGCGAUGGCGACGCAGAAGCUCUUCCCGGACGCGAAGUGCACGAUCGGGCCGUGGAUCGACCGCGGGUUCUACUACGACUUCGAUUACAAGCCCGGGUUCUCGGAGCAAGACUUGAAGAAGAUAAAGAAGCAGAUGAUCAAGAUAAUCAACAAGGACUACCCGCUCCGCAGAGAGGAGGUGUCGAGAGAGGAGGCGACGCGGCGCAUCAAAGAGCUGAACGAGCCGUACAAGCUCGAGAUCUUGGACGCGAUCAAGACGGAGCCGAUCACGAUCUACCACAUCGGCGAGGAGGGCGACGAGAACGCGUGGUGGGAUUUAUGCGCGGGCCCGCACGUCGAGAGCACGAAGAAGAUUCACCCGAAGGCGAUCGACUUAGAGGCGGUCGCGGGGGCGUACUGGCGCGGGGACGAGACGAAGCCGAUGCUGCAGCGGAUCUACGGCACCGCGUGGGGGUCCCCGGAGGAGCUCGUGGCGUACAACGAGUUCAAAGCGGAAGCCGCGCGUCGCGACCAUCGUAAGAUCGGCAAGGAGCUCAACCUGUUCUCGAUCCAACAAGAAGAAGUCGGCGGCGGGCUCGUGUUCUGGCACCCGAAAGGCGCGCUGAUGCGGAACAUCAUCGAGAACUUCUGGAAGGACAUUCACAUGGCGCGCGGGUACGACUUACUCUACACCCCGCACGUCGGCAAGCUAGACCUCUGGAAGACGUCCGGGCACGCGGACUUUUACGCGGAGAACAUGUAUAAGCCGAUGGACGUGGAGGACGAGACGUACCAGCUGAAACCGAUGAACUGCCCGUUCCACGUCGCGGUGUACAAGGAUGGAUACUUCUCGUACCGCGACUUGCCGAUUCGGUGGGCGGAGAUGGGGACGGUGUACCGGUACGAGCGCUCCGGGACGAUGCACGGGUUAUUCCGCGUGCGAGGGUUCACGCAAGACGACGCGCACAUCUUCUGUCUGCCGGACCAAAUCGCGGACGAGAUCAAAGGCGUGCUCGAUCUCACGGAGGACAUCCUCUCGACGUUCGGUUUCACGGAGUUUGAGGUGAACCUGAGCACGAAGCCGGAGAAGUCUGUCGGCGGGCCGGAGAUUUGGGACAAAGCCGAGGGCGCGCUGAAAGAGGCGCUCGCGGUGAAAGGAUGGGACUACGAAGUCGACGAGGGAGGCGGCGCGUUUUACGGCCCGAAGAUCGACAUCAAGAUCCUCGACGCGAUCGGCCGGAAGUGGCAGUGCUCCACGGUGCAGCUCGAUUUUAACCUCCCGGAGCGGUUCGAGCUGACGUACAUCGACGAGGAGAACUCGAAGCGGCGGCCGAUCAUGAUUCACCGAGCCAUCUUCGGUUCGCUGGAGCGCUUCUACGGCAUCCUGACGGAGAACUACGCCGGCGCGUUCCCGCUGUGGAUCGCGCCGACGCAGGUGCGGUUGUUACCGGUCACGGACGCGGUGACGCCGUACGUCGAGGAGACCGUCGCGAGGAUGAAAGCCGCGGGAGUCAGGGUGGACGUGACCUCGAAGGAGAGGCUCGCGAAGCUCGUGAGGAACGCGGAGAAGCAGAAAGUGCCCGUGAUGUGCGUCGUCGGCGAACAAGAGGCGAAGGACGGGACGCUCGCGGUGAGGACGUACGCGGACGGGGACGUCGGGGUGAUCACCGUGGACGAGGUCAUCGCGCGAUUGGAAGCCGCCAACGCGGGCAAGUUGGAGAAGUUUUAAAGCUCAACGGGAUAUCUUAAAUCGCUCUUGUUAUACGGGUUGCUUCUUGUAUUCAUUUGGGAUCCAUUACAAAAC